AUGGUUCACCGUUGCAUCACUACCAAAGAGCUGGUAACUGUUAUGCUUUCUCUAGGACAAAACCCAGACAUGAUCAACGAGGUUGACGCAGAUGGAAAUAGUACCAUCGAUUUUCUUGAGUUCCUGAACCUAAUGGCUAAGAAGAUGAAGGACACUGACUCAUAGUAAGAGCUUAAAGAAGCAUUUAGGGUUUUCGACGAAGACCAGAACGGUUUCAUCUCCGCUGCUGUGCUACGCCAUGUGAUGACUAAUGGUGAGAAGCCAACUGAUGAGAAGCCAACUGAUGAUGAAGUGGAAGAGAUGAUCUGUGAAGCUGAUGUUGAUGGAGAUGGUCAGAUAAACUAUGAAGAGUUUGUCAAGAUUAUUGUAGCUAAGUGAUGGAUGAUGAUGAUCUUUAUUAUCUGCUUACUGCGUCUAGAAGC